ACCCAUAGAUAAUUCCUAUCCAUAACGUAAACUUUUAUCUAUGGUUCAUCGCUUUAGUGCAACUUCAGAUUCGACGCGAAAAAACUAAAUAUGUCAAAAUGACAUAAUUUGACGGCAACGGAUUUGACAGAUGAUUUCGUCACAUUUUAUUAUUUCCAAAUUAUCUUCACAAAAAUGUUACUUUACUUGUUUAUUAUAAGAGGUUUAUAACUCAUAGAAAUGAUGAUUAUAGUACAAUAUUUUAGAGAAUGGACGUUGUUAAGUUAAAUCAACCCCUUUUCUCCGUCUAUCUGUCAUGUGAUUUUACGUGUAGUUGAAUGACAAUGAAGGAUGAUAAAGAUAAAAUUGUUUCACCAAAAAAUACUAUGGCUGGAAGUGGUUACAUAGACUCCCAAGAACAAAGGCAAGAAUUAAAUUGGAGGGAAUUUGUAUGUGGAUGGGGUGCUGGCACAAUGAAUAUUGCAAUAACCUACCCUAUUAAUAAAGUUAUAUUCAGACAGAUGCUUCAUGGCGUAGGUAUUAAAUUUGCUGUUAAAGAAUUGUAUCAUGAAGGCUUAAUAUUUUUAUAUAGAGGAGCUUUCCCUCCAAUGUGCCAAAAAACUAUAUCCAUGGCUUUAAUGUUUGGGGUGUUUGAUUAUUGUCGCAAGCCAUUAUGCAAUGAAUUUGGCCUGAACUCAUACUUUGCAAAAACAAUUGCUGCAAUUGUUGCAGGUACAACAGAAGCAGUUUUAAUGCCUUUGGAAAGAAUACAAACUCUAUUGGCUGCACCUGAUUAUCAUCAAUACUUUAGAAAUACACCUCAUGCAUUUGCCCAUAUAUGGAAAUAUCAUGGAAUUCCAGAAUUUUACAGGGGCCUGGUGCCUAUAUUAUUUCGAAAUGGUCCAUCAAAUGCUUUAUUUUUCAUUUUAAGGGAAGAAGCAAUGCAGAAAUUACCAAAAUAUGAUACUGUGUUGUAUAAAACAUUUCAAGAGUUUUUUAGUGGUGCUGUUUUAGGUGUCUUUUGUAGUACGGUAACAUAUCCAUUAAAUGUUGUUAAAGUGUCUAUGCAGAAUCAACUUGGUGGUCCAUUUCAAAAUUUUAUAACAGUUCUAUUUCAAAUAUAUAAAGACAGAGGAGGAAAGAUCAGAUAUAUUUAUCAUGGUUUAAGUUUAAACUGUACAAGAGCUUUUUUUGGAUGGGGCGUGAUGAACACUGCAUAUGAAGCUAUAAGGAAAGCAGUGUAUAGUAUAUAACUGACAUACACUAUUGUAGUAUUCUCAAGAAAGUUUGA